AUGUCGGAAGAUGGUGAGUGGAACAGUUUGGGAGUGGGUGUGGUCAGAAAGGAGGUGGACCUGACACCUCUCGAGAAACAGUUCCUCUACGCUGUCGAGAGGGGUGACAUUCCAACUGUCCAGAAACUUCUCAACGACAACGCCAACAAAUUGAACUUCAACAGCAACUGCGUGGACGCGCUGGGCCGAACGGCUCUGGCCAUAUCCAUCGAGUAUGAUAACAUUGAGAUGCUCGAUGUUCUCUUGAAGGGACGACUCGAUUUAGGCGACUCGCUGCUACAGGCGAUCAAUGAGGACAACGUGGAGGCCACACAGAUGAUCCUCAACCACGAGAAGAAGCUGCAGAAACAAGACAUAACAGGCAACAAUAGCUGCUUCACACCCGACAUAACUCCAAUCAUCUUGGCUGCUCAACGUGACAACUAUGAAAUAACAAAAAUCCUUUUAGACAGAGGCGACAGCAUCUCGAAGCCACACGACAUCAGAUGCAGUUGCGACAUCUGCGUCACGAAAACGGCAGAGGACAGUUUGAACCACUCGAUGUCGAGGAUCAACGCCUACAGAGCCCUAGCCAGUCCCUCCCUCAUCGCCCUCUCCAGCAAGGACCCCAUCCUGACUGCCUUUGAGUUGAGCUGGGAGCUAAGGAGACUGAGCAAACUUGAGAAUGAAUUAAAAAUCGAAUACGAAGGACUAGCGAAACAGUGUCAGAACUUCGCAGUGGAUCUACUGGACCAGGUGCGAGGAUCCAAGGAGUUGGAGGUCCUCCUUAACUACGACAAGUAUGCACCUGUAAGGGACUUCGGGGACCGCAUGGCUCUCGCUCGCCUCAAACUGGCCAUCAAAUACAAACAAAAAAAAUUCGUCAGUCAUGCAAACUGCCAGCAGCUGUUGGCGUCCAUCUGGUACGAGGGGCUGCUGGGUUUCAGGAGACGCCACAUCAUCUUCAAGGUCCUACUGACGAUAAUCGUCAGCUUGUUGUUUCCCAUCCUCUCCCUCAUCUACAUCAUCUCUCCGAAGAGCCAGGCCGGACAGUUCAUGCGCAGACCUUUCAUCAAGUUCAUCUGCCACAGUGCUUCUUACAUGACUUUUCUCAGCUUACUGAUCCUGGCCUCACAAAGGAUCAAGUCCAUCAUCAGCCUGGCCAAGGAAGCAGACGACAAAUCCACGAAGAUGAUUCGCGAGGUCAGAGGCGCCCCUCCGACCAGCAUUGAGUGGAUGAUCCUUGCUUACGUCGCUGAAGGCCUAGUCUGGGCAGAAAUAAAGCAGCUGUGGGACCAAGGUUUAAAAUCGUAUGUGCACGACAUGUGGAACAUUCUCGACUUCACAACCAACUCCCUCUACAUUGCCACUUACACUUUGAAACUAGUUGCCUAUUUGAAAGUUGAAGAGGAGAAACGAAACAACUACCCAUCUGCCUAUGCUGACCGCAAAUCGUGGGACGCCUACGACCCCACUCUCAUCUCCGAGGGUCUUUUUGCAAGUGCCAACAUUUUCAGUUGCCUCAAACUUAUUUACAUCUUCACGGUCAAUCCUCAUCUCGGACCAUUGCAAAUAUCUCUUGGCAGGAUGGUCAUUGACAUUUUAAAAUUUCUCUUCAUAGCUCUUCUCGUCUGUUUCUCAUACUCUUGCGGAGUUAAUCAAUUGUACUGGUACUACGCCGAGGUGAAGAGUCGAGAGUGUAGUGUCUGUGAGGCCAACAAGGUGAACAUUACGUCACUCCUCAAUGCAAACAUCAACAAAAGUGUCUUGGGUGUUAUGUCGUUAACAACAAAAUUUUGCCACAACAGCUUAUUCGAAAUAAUUCAAACCCUGUACUUUGCCAUAUAUGGCCUGGUGGAGUUGAACAAAUUUGAACUGAAAGAGAAACACAUAUUCACCCAGUUCGUCGGGAAGUUGAUGUUUGGAACGUACCUGAGCAUCAUGACUGUCGUCCUCAUCAACAUGCUCAUCGCCAUGCUUAGCAGCUCCUUUCAGAAAAUUUCCGAUGACGCCGACACAGAAUGGAAGUUCGCAAGAUCUCGACUGUGGAUGAGUUAUUUUGAGGAGGGUGGGACGGUGCCAACCCCAUUCAACAUCAUUCCCACUCCCAAAACAUUCUGGUACCUCGGAAAGUGGAUGUUUGAUCGGCUCUGCAGGUUCAGCACAAAAGCAAAGACAAACAAAUGGCACAGCUUGAAGAGGGCGGUGAAGAGGAUGCAGGAGAGGGACGUUGUGUAUCAGUCAGUUAUAUUCGACCUCGUAAAGCGCUACGUGAUGAAGCGUCAGAAGAAAACAUCGGAAGGUGUGACUGAAGACAACGUGAACGAGUUGAAGCAGGACCUCUCUUCAUUCAGAUACGAACUUCUUGAUAUUUUGAGGUCCAAUGGAAUGAACGUGCCCAAGCCGAGUCUCAACUCCAGCGGCAAUCAAUGUCGUUAG